AUGGAUACUCUCAAGCGCAAGGCCCAGGACGGCCCCGGAGCCGCCGAGCAGGCCUCUCCUCUGAAAGCGCCGCGCGCCGCCGUCCCCACCUCGGAGCCUCCCGCUCCCACCACCCUCGCGGCCGCGGAACCAGUCGCCUGCGUGCACGACGUCUCCUACCCCGACGGCUACGACGCGUCCGCCUCUACGUCCCGCGCCAUUGCCGGCGGCGCUGACGCCUCUGAGCCAGCAAAGAAGUUCCCCUUCCAGCUCGACCCCUUCCAGUCCGAGGCCAUACGCUGCCUCGACAAUGGCGAAUCCGUCAUGGUCUCAGCUCAUACGUCAGCCGGAAAGACAGUGGUCGCGUUGUAUGCAAUAGCAAUGUCUUUGCGCAACCAACAGCGGGUCAUCUAUACAUCUCCAAUCAAGGCACUGAGCAACCAAAAGUACAGGGAGUUCAAAGAAGAGUUCUCUGAUGUUGGUCUCAUGACUGGGGAUGUCACGAUUGAGCCGAAUGCCUCUUGUCUGGUCAUGACCACAGAAAUUUGGCGGAGCAUGCAAUACAAGGGAUCUGAGGUCAUGAGGGAAGUUGCUUGGAUUAUAUUUGAUGAGGUGCAUUACAUGCGGGAUAGAGAGAGAGGAGUGGUUUGGGAGGAGAGUAUAGUGAUGGCUCCCAAGAACUCACGCUUUGUCUUCCUCUCAGCAACUGUACCCAAUGCCAAGGAGUUUGCUGAUUGGGUAGCUAAGGUACAUAAGCAACCCUGUCAUAUAGUUUACACCGACUAUAGACCUACGCCUCUUCAGCACUAUGUAUUUCCUUCUGGAGGGGAUGGAUUAUACCUUGUAGUGGAUGAGAAGGGCAAGUUCAGAGAGGACAGUUUUCAGAAAGCAUUGAAUGCCCUUGUCCCUGCUAGUGACAGUGCCAAGAAGAAGGAAAAUGGGAAGUGGCAGAAAGUUAUCAUGGCAGGGAAAUCUAGUGAGGAAAGCGACAUAUUCAAGAUGGUGAAAAUGAUAAUUCAGCGCCAAUAUGAUCCUGUAAUACUUUUCAGCUUUAGCAAAAGGGAAUGUGAAUUUCUUGCUAUGCAGAUGGCUAAGAUGGACUUGAAUGAGGAUGACGAGAAGGCAAACAUCGAAACAAUUUUUUGGAGUGCUAUGGAUAUGCUUUCUGAUGAUGAUAAAAAGCUUCCUCAGGCAAGUUCUCAUUUGUCGGUAUACAUUUCUAUUUGUAAUAUACGAACCAGUAGCAGUACUGGUAGGCAAUGCUAUGGGUUGAUAAUUUAUCUUAAAACUGAGCCAGGAGCUUUUCGAUCACGGGUUUCAAACAUGCUCCCCUUACUGAAACGCGGCAUUGGCGUGCAUCAUUCUGGUCUGUUGCCAAUUUUAAAGGAAGUCAUUGAGAUACUCUUCCAGGAGGGCCUCAUUAAGUGUUUGUUUGCCACAGAAACAUUCAGUAUUGGUUUGAACAUGCCUGCAAAGACUGUUGUGUUUACCAAUGUGCGAAAAUUUGAUGGAGACCGAUUCAGAUGGUUGUCGAGUGGAGAGUACAUCCAAAUGAGUGGCCGUGCUGGUCGUCGAGGUAUUGAUCAGCGUGGUAUCUGUAUACUGAUGGUGGAUGAGAAAAUGGAACCUUCAACUGCCAAAAUGAUGCUGAAAGGAAGUGCUGAUAGUUUGAACAGUGCCUUUCAUCUGAGCUACAACAUGCUGUUAAAUCAAAUGCGAUCUGAGGAUGGGGAUCCAGAAAAGCUCCUCCGGCAUUCAUUUUAUCAAUUUCAGGCUGAUCGUUCUCUCCCUGAUCUUGAGAAGCAAAUCAAGGAACUGGAAUCAGAGAGAAAUUCCAUGGUCAUUGAGGAAGAGGAGAGCUUGAAGGAUUAUUAUGAUCUCUUACAGCAGCACAGGAGUUUAAAGAAGGAUGUCCAUGAUAUUAUCCUCUCUCCAAAACAUGUUCUGCCUUUCUUGCAACCUGGAAGGCUUGUCCGCAUUGAAUAUAGUACAGAUGAGCCAGCCAACUUUUCCAUUGAUGAAAAUGUCACAUGGGGAGUUAUAAUAAACUUUGAAAAAGUGAAAUCCCAUGGUGAAGAUAGGAGACCUGAGGAUUCUGAUUACACGGUUGAUGUCCUUACCAGAUGUUCUGUAACUAAGGACAACAAUGGUAAGAAAACAAUGAAGGUUGUUCCUCUGAAAGCGCAUGGAGAACCAGUUGUAGUUUCAUUGCCACUUUCACAGAUUGAUGGACUAAGCAGCAUACGGAUGUACAUACCUAAGGAUCUUUUGCCUGUAGAAGCUCGAGAAAACACCUUGAGGAAAGUUGAAGAAGUCCUUUCAAGGUUUGCUAAAGAUGGGGUGCCUCUAUUGGAUCCAGAAGAAGAUAUGAAAGUACAAUCGAAAUCAUUUCGGAAAGCUUCCAGACGAAUAGAAGCUCUGGAGAGCUUGUUUGAGAAGCACGAUAUCCGUAACUCUCCACAUAUCCAGCAAAAGCUGAAAGUCUUUCAUGCUAAGCAAGAACUAUCAGCCAAAAUAAAGUCCAUAAAGAAAACAAUGCGGUCUUCCACAGCUUUAGCUUUCAAGGAUGAACUCAAGGCCCGGAAACGUGUUCUUCGCAGGCUGGGAUAUGUUACGAGUGAUGAUGUUGUGGAAGUGAAGGGCAAAGUGGCCUGUGAGAUAAGUUCAGCUGAUGAGCUUACAUUGACGGAGCUUAUGUUUAGUGGUGCUCUGAAGGAUACUACAGUAGAGCAGAUGGUGGCACUGCUUUCUUGCUUUGUUUGGCAGGAGAAGCUCCAGGAUGCCCCGAAGCCAAGAGAGGAGCUUGAUUUGCUCUUCUACCAGCUGCAGGAGACAGCAAGAAGGGUUGCUAACCUUCAGCUUGAAUGCAAGAUCCAAAUUGACGUGGAAAGUUUUGUGAAUUCUUUCCGACCUGACAUAAUGGAAGCGGUGUAUUCAUGGGCCAGAGGGUCGAAGUUCUACCAAAUCAUGGAGAUGACCCAAGUGUUUGAAGGAAGCUUGAUCAGGGCCAUCAGGAGGCUGGAGGAGGUUCUGCAGCAGCUGAUUCUGGCAUCCAAGUCUAUUGGGGAAACCGAGUUAGAAGCAAAACUCGAGGAGGCAGUCAACAAGAUCAAGAGGGACAUAGUGUUUGCAGCAUCUUUGUACUUGUAA